CUCCGCCCUCAGAGCGCCGGCGCGCCAGCGCGGCUUUGUCCCCUCCCAUCACGGCCUGUGGCGCCCCCGGCACCAUGAUCUCGACCAAGGAGAAGAAUAAAAGCCCGAAGGACAGCAUGACGCUUCUGCCCUGCUUCUACUUCGUAGAGCUGCCCAUAGUGGCGUCCUCCGUCGUGUCUCUGUACUUCCUGGAGCUGACCGACCUCUUCAAGCCGGCCAAGGUGGGCUUCCAGUGCUACGACCGCACGCUCUCCAUGCCCUACGUGGAGACCAGUGAGGAGCUCAUCCCGCUACUCAUGCUCCUCAGCUUGGCCUUCGCUGCGCCUGCGGCCUCGAUCAUGGUGGGCGAGGGCCUGCUGUACUGCUUGCAGUCCCGGCUGUGGGGCCGCAGCGGGGGCCCGGGCGGGCCCGAGGGCAGCAUCCACGCCGGCGGCUGCAACUUCAACUCCUUCCUUCGGCGGACGGUGCGCUUUGUAGGCGUCCACGUGUUCGGCCUGUGUGCCACAGCCCUGGUGACCGACGUCAUCCAGCUGGCCACGGGCUACCACGCACCCUUCUUCCUGACGGUCUGCAAACCCAACUACACCCUGCUGGGCACGUCGUGUGAGGCCAACCCCUACAUCACGCAGGACAUCUGCUCCGGCCGCGACACCCAUGCCAUCCUGUCUGCACGGAAGACCUUCCCAUCCCAGCACGCCACUCUGUCCGCCUUCGCUGCUGUCUACGUGUCGAUGUACUUCAACUCGGUCAUCUCGGACGCCACCAAGCUGCUGAAGCCCAUUCUGGUGUUCUCCUUUGCCAUCGCGGCGGGCGUCUGUGGCCUCACCCAGAUCACGCAGUACCGCAGCCACCCCGUGGACGUCUACGCCGGCUUCCUCAUUGGUGCUGGCAUCGCUGCCUACCUGGCCUGCCACGCUGUGGGCAACUUCCAGGCCCCGCCGGCAGAGAGACCAGCGGCCCCGGCACCUGCCAAAGAUGCGCUGCGGGCGCUGACCCAGCGGGGCCACGACUCGGUGUACCAGCAGAAUAAGUCCGUAAGCACCGACGAGCUGGGCCCCCCCGGGCGGCUGGAGGGUGUGCCCCGGCCUGUGGCCCGCGACAAGACCUCACUGGGCAGCCUGAAGCGGGCCAGCGUGGACGUGGACCUGCUGGCCCCACGCAGCCCCAUGGGCAAGGAGAACAUGGUGACCUUCAGCCACACGCUGCCCCGCGUCAGCACGCCCUCGCUGGAUGACCCCGCCCGCCGCCACAUGACCAUCCACGUGCCCCUCGAUGCCUCGCGAUCCAAGCAGCUCAUCAGCGAGUGGAAGCAGAAGUCGCUGGAGGGCCGCGGCCUGGGGCUGCCGGACGAGGCCAGCCCUGCGCACCUGCGGGCGCCAGCGGAGCCCAUGGCCGAGGAGGAAGAGGAGGACGAGGAGGAGGAGGAGGAGGACGAAGAGGAGGAGGAGGAGGAGGGGGAGGAAGGGUGUCCAGCCCCGCCUUCACUGUACCCCACAGUCCAGGCGCGGCCGGGGCUCGGGCCACGGGUCAUCCUCCCACCGCGGGCUGGCCCACAGCCGCUGGUGCACAUCCCCGAGGAGGGGGUCCAGGCGGCGGCAGGCCUGUCCCCCAAGAGCAGUGCGGCUGUGCGGGCCAAGUGGCUCAUGAUGGCAGAGAAGAGCGGCGCCGUGGUGGCCGCGGCCUCCACGCAGCCCCGCGUGGCCAACCCGCCACGGCUGCUGCAGGUCAUCGCCAUGUCCAAGGCCCCAGGGGGGCCGGGCCCCAAGGCGGCUGAGACGGCCUCAUCCUCCAGCGCCAGCUCCGACUCUUCCCAGUACAGGUCGCCGUCAGACCGUGACUCAGCCAGCAUCGUCACCAUUGACGCGCAUGCGCCCCACCACCCCGUGGUCCACCUGUCUGCGGGUAACGGGCCCUGGGAGUGGAAGGCGGCGGGCGGUGGGGCCAAGGGGGCCGAAGGGGAGGGCGGCUACGAGCUGGGGGACCUGGCUCGCGGCUUCCGUGGGGGACCGAAGCCCCCGGCUAUGUCCCCAGGCUCCUCUGUUAGUGACGUGGACCAGGAGGAGCCGCGGUUCGGGGCCGUGGCCACCGUCAACCUGGCCACAGGCGAGGGGCUGCCCCCACUGGGUGCGGCCGACGGGGCCCUGGGGCCGGCCAGUCGGGAGUCGACGCUGCGGCGCAAAGCGGGCGGCCUGGUGCUGGGUGAGCGGGAGGCUGCGGAGGCGGAGGCGGAGAGCUACUACCGCAAGAUGCAGGCAGCCCGCAGGUUCAAGGACUGA